AUGGAAACAAGCAGCGACAUCAGCAAAGAACUCGCCAGCGACCUUGCAUCCAUGCAAAUGACACAUGGUACUACCGCGCCUUUCCGCCUCCUCGAUCUACCCAACGAAAUCGUGUACCUCAUCGUCGAUUGGCUGUGGGCUACGAAGAAAAGCUCGAACCACAUCGCUUAUGCAAAAGAGCGCAGCUCUGUUCAUCGCGAAUCGCUGAAGGCGCUCAGGCUCACGAGCCGCCGGUUCGCGAACGACGACCACGUGACUGGUUAUGUGUGCCGCCACAUCUGCUUUGUAGCCUCGCCGCUUCAUCUCGAGGAGCUGCAAGACCACGAUUUCUCACGGCUCGAGAAUGCUGUUCGGGAGGUGACGUUCAUCCCUACGGACUUUGACUGGACGAUCCCCAAACAGGCUGCUCAGUUUAGUGCUCGGGAGGCGGGUGCUCGAAAUGGCCUAUAUCCGCCCGAUAAGAAGGGGACAUUAUUAUCCUACCAGCAGGAGUCCAAGGAUACCGAGCAGCUCUAUGUAUCGGGCGUGUUUACACGUGCUUGGGGAGAGGUGCUCAAGCAGCUCAAAAGAGUCGACAGUUUCCCCAUGGCGCACAGUGGCCAGCUCUUCAAGCUACACCGGGGGAAAUAUAUUUGGGGAACCUCGAAUUCAAUGGUCCAUAUCACCCCGGCCGUAUGGGCGCAGCUCCUCACGACGGCGUUGAAGGCGAUCGCAUUCGCGGGCAUAAGUCCUCGAUCAUUAGGGCUGGGUUACUUUCAGUCCGAUGUCAGCUCCUCCUGGGUUGCGCAGCCCGGCUUGAUCGGAGGACUCCUUGCGAGACAGCUGGAUCUGUCCAGGCUGGCCCAGCUAGACAUCGCCACAGACGACUUUGGGUCUGUCUACAGUCUGCUGUCGUCUACAGCCGACCAUCUCACUUCGCUCCGCAUCCGAGACACGUCGCGACACGUGCGUUACCAAUCGGACUGGCAGACCGAGAUGACGCCGCCUCCCGUCAUGCCCAGAUUGGAACGGCUGACGAUACGCGGCUUCGAGUUCGACGGCCUCGUACUGGGCAACUGGAUCACCUCGCUGUCCAGUCUCACAGACAUGAUGCUCGAGAAGGCUGGCAUGCAGUCCGGCCGGUAUUUCCAGUGGGCUUAUGUCUGUCGGGCGCUUCACGAUCACGACAACAGGAUCCACGUCGGACUCUCGGAUCUCGUCGUGGAAUCGCCCAUUGCCCGACAGUUGUUGAUACCGUCCAGCGGCUGGCACUGGGGCCAUACGCCCGGUGCCGCGCAGAGGCUGGAGCAGGAUCAGGGGUUCUGGGAUCAGUUGGAGGAUUGGCUGCAGCGUCGGAGUGACGAUCUCUGGACUGUGAAUGACUUCAAGACUUGUUGUCGCAAUAUAUAA